UCUUUUAAACCGCGACCCAACUAGUAUACAUAGUGUUUCACCUAGGGUUUCAAAUUUUUCGUCAUCAUUUAGGGUUUUAGGGUUCCGUAUAUCGGCGCAGAGCUUCAGAGCCAUCAGCAAUGGCGGACAAGUCGGGCCGAGGUAGAAAAGAAGAGGUCGUCACCAGAGAGUACACCAUCAACCUGCACAAGCGCCUCCAUGGAUGCACAUUCAAGAAGAAGGCACCAAAUGCCAUAAAGGAGAUUCGGAAGUUUGCCCAGAAGGCCAUGGGAACGACAGACGUCAGGGUCGAUGUGAAGCUGAACAAGUUGAUUUGGAGCCGUGGUAUCCGAAGUGUGCCAAGGAGGGUUCGUGUACGCAUUGCCCGUAGAAGAAAUGAUGAGGAAGAUGCCAAGGAGGAGCUCUAUUCUCUAGUAACAGUCACCGAGAUUCCACCAGAGGGUCUAAGGGGAUUAGGCACCAAGGUCGUUGAUGCAGAUGAUUGAACCACUGGUAACUCGGCAAAUCGUUUUGUUCCAUAUCUAUUUUUAGUGCAAAAUGUGGUAACUUUUGUUUAAUGUUGAGAGAAUCAAACACUUGAGAGCAGUAAAACAGUUUAUGUAACUUGGAUUGCGAUCCACUCUAUCUUUAGUUCAUAACUUUCUUGUGUCUUAAGAAUUUUUGUUUCAUUUUUGUUGUGAGAA